AUGGCGACGCCAACACCACCCGGCACGAUCAUCGAAGCCCUCAAACAAGGCAAUGCAGUGGAGCUCGAGCUUGUCAAGAAGAUGGAAGAGGGGCUUAGGUUUAUUACCGUUGGAUUAAAGCGCGAGUGCUUUAAUCGGGGUGAUGCGUUGAGCGAGCUGCGAGAGAGCUUGCCUACGAUCGCCAACAUCAAGACCAAGAUUGCACAGCUGAACCAAGAGAAUAUCCUAGCAACCGAAAAGAUUGAGGCGGACGCUCGUGCGACUUUGCUUGAGGCGAUGCGCGUCAGCGAUGAGUUUUACUGCCAGGACGUCGCUAGAUACAACAAGGCCGUCGCGCGCAUGGAUGCAAGAGAUGAUCACUUGCGCAACAUUUGCGAUGUGAUAAACGAGAUGCGGUUCGACAAAAAGCCCAAAAUACGUGCUCAACUCAUUAAAGGGUACAAGGCAAGUCUAGCAACGUACGAUGAAGACACCCACGCCAUGGAGGAAGACGAGAAGCAGAUAGAUGCCAGGGUCCUUCAGAGAGAGAAAGAAGGCGUAGAAUCGUAUUGCAAAACUUGGAAAGCCGCUCUCAAGGUCCGAAAAAUCUGGCUGGAACUUUUGGAUUGCUGCAACGAAGUACCCGGGAACUGA